AUGCCGGCUGAGAUCAUCAGUCUGCUUUCCAGUCCCUCGGUGGGACCAUCGCCAGCUCCGGUCGCACCAGCGCAAUCCCGACCAGUCGAGCAGGCCGCUACUGUCGUUGCGGCCGCCUUGACGUACAGUGACGAUGUCUUCGAUCUGACAGCCGACUCUCCGGAGCCAAUACCCGACUCAACGAGGAAGGCGACGCUCCAAGAUGGCCAGCGCAAGUCGACCUAUUCUCCUAGGAGCAUUUUGGGCUCAAAGAGAGCACGAGAGGAGCAUCCGGUUAUUGAUCCGCCUGUCUACUUCAUGUCGGAUGACUUUGACUCUACGGUCGAUCUAGACAGCAGUCUUCCCCCUAAGGGAGGCACAGGUUUUGAGGAAAGAAACUUUAAGAGGCCGCGACUGUCUUCGACCACCCAUGGAGGCAACGAGACUGCCCCUCUGAAGCAGUCUGGAGCCCUGCGGCGGGCUCAGGUUUUAAACGACCCGAUCGAGUUCUCGAGCUCGCCCGGCCUCCCGCCAAGACCAACAACCAACUCGACAAUGGCCAAGGUCUCUCAAAGUAUCGAGUCCGACGACCCAUUCGCCUCGUCACCACCUCCUGUCCGGCCCGCAGUAGAGCAGCAGAAACCCUCCACCACCACAACCACCACGACCAAGCCUGCAGCAGCAAGCGUCAGUCGCAUAGAGUACGAUUUGACCUCCGAUGCCGACGACCCAUUCGCGAGCUCGCCUCGACCCCCUCCUCCGAGGCCUACGUCCGACCCACGUACAAUUACCCUCGAUGACGAUGACGACGAUGCGUCCGCUUCUCCUGCGAUACCGGGAGUGUCAAAACCACAGUCGCCCAGACUUACAACGACGUCUAUAGAUAAGGGAAAGCAAAAGGCCGCAUCCCCGAAGAGGAGGGCAAAUUGGGACCCCAUCUCCAGCUCUGCUCCCGAACGACACCUGCCCAGCGAUCCCUUCUCUCCGCCACCACGGAGAACGUUUACGAAAUCCGCCAGCUACGUGAUUGAUCUCAGCGAUGCCGAAUCGGAACCUGCUGGCCUCGAACCCAAUCCUGAUUCAGACGAUGAGUUCCCGGACCUCGACAACUUUGAUGCUACGAGACUCAAACGCCGACUGGAGACUAAGAAGACGAGUCGUAAGACUGCUUCGACAACGACGAAAGCUACGAAAUCCACAACCGCGCGAGCGACAACCAAAAAGUCAGCGGACGAUCGAGCACGAGAUAAGGAAGAAAAAGCCGCUGAACGAGAGCGCGAAAAGGAGCGCAAGAAGCAAGAGAAGGAAGCUGCCAAGGAGCAAAAGGCCAGGGACAAGGAGCGCGCUGCUGCUCUGGCGGAGGUCAAUAAGAUCCGAACAGACAAAAAGGUCUCCACCCCAGAGAUGAUCGCGGUCCUUCCCUCGAGCCUGCCAGCGGCUGUCACGCUGCAAAUCCAGACCCUUCUCAAGGACUUGGACGUGCAACAUGAGGCGUGGGAUAGUCCUGUGGACAACGUCGUCAAAUGGAAGCGAAAGGUCGCUAGCCGAUUCAACGACGAGCUAGGCCACUGGGAACCCAUACCCAUGCGUGUCGAGGCCGACAAAUACGCCCUGGUGGUCGUCAACGCCUCGGAAUUCGUAUCCUUCGCUCAAGCCCCCGAAGGAAGCGACCUCGAAUCGCAUGUCCUGCGGAUGAAGCGUCAUUUCCCCACCGAGCAGCUCAUCUACCUCAUCGAGGGCCUGACGCCGUGGAUGCGCAAGAACCGGAACGUCCGCAACCGACAGUUCGCCUCCGCCGUCAGGAACCAGAGCGCGGAGCCGGCGGAGCCCGCCGCCGCCGCCCAGCCCCGGCGUCGCAAGAACCAGCAGCCGCAGGAGUACGUCGACGAGGACUCGAUCGAGGACGCGCUGCUCGAGCUGCAGGUCAUGCACGGCGUGCUGAUCCACCACACCAACGCGGCCGUCGAGACGGCGCAGUGGGUCGCCAUCUUCACCCAGCACAUCUCGACGGUGCCGUACCGCAAGCAGCGCGAGGCCGCCAACGCGGCCGGUGCCGGCUUCUGCAUGGAGACGGGCCAGGUGCGCACCGGGGAGGACGUCAAGGACACGUACGUCCGGAUGCUGCAGGAGAUCGCGCGCGUCACGGCCCCCAUCGCCUGGGGCAUCGCCACUAAGUUUGAGACGGUGCCGAAGCUGGUGAAGGGGAUGGAGGAGGGCGGGCCGCUGAUCCUGGAGAACUUGCGCAAGAGCACCAACAAAGACGGCGGGUUUUCGGAUCGAGCGGUGGGCAAGUCCGUCAGCAAGAGGGUGUACAAGGUGUUUACCGGACGGGAUGAAUGGAGUACGGAUGUGUAG